UCUUCCAUGGUGUUCUCCGUUGUUCUUGCGAUGCCAAAAGUUUUUCUUCUUGUUUCUUUGGGCAAAUGAUGGGGAUUGACUCUCUCCCAUGAGAACCCUGUUUUUUCUUCGGAAGUUUUAGCUUGUUACAUCUCUUGCAUGUAUCUGCAAAAGGAGGUCAACUUUGCUGACUCGUAAUAGUUCUUGCCAAUUCAUUUUUCUUGACCUUUUCUUGUUUGGUGGGUGUCCAUGAUAUGUAGGACAACUUUUUGGUGGUCAAUAUGUGAAUACUGAGGCUGUUAAUCUGGACUUUUUCUCCCGAGGUUAAAAUUUUUGGCUUUAGCCAUUGUAACGUGCUCUCUCUGCAUGUGUCUAAGCAUACGGUGUGAUGAUAUUGAGGUGAAGUUUCCAGUUAACUGAGUGCUGUGCUCUCUCUGAUUAAGCAUAUUGUCUUCACUUUGAUAUUUAAGUAGUUUAUUUCACUUUCUUUGAUUAUGUUCAAAGGUUUUACACAUGGCACAUUCCAAAUAAUUUCUUUGUUCCCUAUGGGAAUGACAAUGACCUGUUACUGCUCAUUUCUUUUUGCUUUGGUAGUUCUCCAGUUUUAUCCUUUUUUAUUUGUCUCUGACACAUCCUUCUCCAUUGAGAUUCAUUUCUAUCUUGCUGGCAUUUUUUUAUGUGCUUAUAUCCUGUCCAGAUUGUUCUCAUUUUCUUGCUGGCUAAGAUUUCAAUAUCGCUUGCUGUCUAAAGGGGAAAUUUUUUUAUAUUUUGGUCUGAAUUCGGCGAUUGUUUGGAUCGUCUUCUAUUCCUAUUUUCCUCUGGUUGAAGAGCAAUCGCUGUAGCAGGGUGUACCUUGAGUUUCACUGCGUGUGUUCUUAUCUUGUAUGGUUUCAUUUGAAGGAGUUGAGUAUGGUUGUGCAAUGAGUGACCCUCUAUGAGAUGCCUCCAUCCAAAACUGAGUUAGGAAGCUUUGCUUUAUGAGAGGACAAAGACAAUACUCUGCAUAUGUGCCUUUCUCGGAGGAAUCGUAAUGGGUGGCUGUGUUUCAACCACACAUAAGCAAGUUAAGACACGUAGGAGAUACUUUAGAAGACCUGGGAAAUGGAACCGAAAAAUAUGCAGUUCAGUUGUCGAUGUGCCUAUAAGGAAGAGCGAUGCUGGAAAUCGUGUAAGAGAUAUUUCCAUGAGCAAUUUUGUUCAUAUGGAUUUCAACAAAGGUGCUGCUACUGCUUGCAAGAGAUCAGAUGUCUCGAACAUGACGUUGCACUUAACUCAAUUACAAUGGAACCACAGUCAAAUUGAUGAAAACGGAAUAUGCCAGGAAGAAGCUUGGUUUGACUCGGUCAGUAUCCUAGAGUCCGAUUCAGAUGAUGACUUCAUUAGUUUACAUGGAGAUGGUUUUCCUUCAGUAGGUAAUGCCACCGGGGCUGUACCGAGUGGUCAAGUUCUUCAGUACGAGAGUGAAUUGCACUACAUAGAUGCAGGGUGUAAAUAUGAGGGCUUUUGUGACAGUCAUGUAAAAGUAGAUGGAGGUGUACAUGAUCCCAGAGAAAAAUUGCAGGAAAACAACUUGAAAACUUGCAUAGCUAAGUUGCAACCUUCGGGGAACUCUGAUUGGAAGAACCAAAUGCCCAUGAGUCCCGUGUCUUUGCAACGAAAGAAAUCAAGAGUUAUCCUGUUGUCUCUCAAGAGGAAAUCCUGUGAUGGAGAAGAAACCUUUACCGAAUAUUGUACAUCGGAGAGGUUCAUAUAUAGGCCCAGAGCAGGACUUCUAUUACCAUGCUCAAAAGUGGAGAAGCCAAGUGCAGGAAGUUGGUCUGCAGUUUCGCCUUCGGUCUUUAAACUCCGUGGAGAGAAUUAUUUUAGGGACAAAAGGAAAUUUCCAGCUCCAGAUUGCAGCCCUUAUGUGCCCAUUGGGGCUGAUUUAUAUGUUUGCCCACGAAAGAUACAUCAUAUUGCUCAACACCUCGAUCUUCCCUCUGUCAGAGGACAUGACAAAGUGCCCUCUCUUCUAAUAGUUAAUAUACAGCUUCCAACCUACCCCACAACCAUGUUUGGUGAUAAUGAUGGGGAAGGAAUGAGUCUUGUGUUAUAUUUCAAAGUAUCUGAUAAUAUUGAUGCAGAGAUUUCUCCUCAGUUUCAAGAUAGCAUUAAGAGAUUGGUCGCAGAUGAAAUGGAAAAAGUUAAAGGGUUUGCAAAGGAGAGCUUAGUUCAUUUUAGAGAGAGGCUAAAGAUCAUGGUUGGGGUGGUCAACCCAGAGGACCUUCAACUUAGUUCAGCAGAAAGGAAGCUUUUACAUGCUUAUAAUGAAAAGCCUGUUCUCUCGCGUCCACAACACAAUUUCUUCAAGGGACCUAAUUAUUUUGAGAUUGACCUUGAUAUACAUCGAUUCAGCUACAUAUCUAGGAAAGGAUUAGAAGCUUUUCGGGAUCGUUUAAAGAACGGCAUUCUCGAUCUGGGUCUAACCAUACAGGCACAGAAACAAGAGGAACUUCCCGAGCAAGUUUUAUGCUGCAUGCGUUUGAAUAAGAUCGAUUUUGUUAAUCAUGGCCAGAUACCAACGAUAGUGACCCUUGAUGAAGGUUGAUGUCUCAAAUGACAGAGAACACCCUACAUCAGCACCGAGGGGGAUCGAGAGCGGUUUGUCAACUGGUAAAUAAUUUCAGAGAAAGACGCUUAUUCUUCGCGUGAGGAGAGAAGAGGAAGGAUGAAAUUAGCAGAGGAUGUAAUGCUUCAACGCAAGUGUUUCAUAUCCUGCCGAUAAUCGCGCUGGGAUGUGUUCUUGAAUAAAAUUUAAUUCAUUCUUUUUGUACUCUCAAGAGAUCCUAAUCAAUGCUUUGUUUUCAUCUC